UCAGUUAACACUUCUAAAAUGUCGUGUCAGAAAUCUUGGCCAAUUUCAGCAAUUAAAUGCAAAGCAUUGUGCAUUCCUUAUUCAUCGAAAAAAGAUUUUGCAAUUUUCCCGCUAAUGCACAACGAAAAUUAAAUGUUGAAAUCUGGCAACGCGCAACGUGACGACCUCAUUGACGAAAGUGACGAACAUCAGAGUGUGCAGAUUUUUGUUCUAGCCACGUUGAACUAAGUGUCGAAAAGUGUGUGUCGAAUUUUUCCAACAUACUGUCAUUUUGAAUAGUUUAUCGUUUAUCUCCUGUCUACGUGAGAUUUAGGUAUACUGAGACUCAGAGUCAGAGUUAUCUCUGGGUAUACUCAACAAAGAAAAAUAAAAUUUUACAAGAAAGUGUUCUGCUGCUCCCAAUCCAGCAUGGCUCGAGGAAAGGUUACACCACAAACGGCUCAAAUUCUAGUUUAUUCUUUUGCUAUAGUUAAAUUCCACCAUGUUGGAGUGGCUCAGUUCAAUGUGGCUCCUCUCAAAUGGGUACAAAAGACCGGGAAUAAGACCAAAAUUUACUGGCCAGGUGAGGAUGAUGCAAUUACCCCAAAAGCAUUAGUAAAUUUGAUAAUGAAGGAAGCUGUAAUUGACAAGGAAACGUGGAUGUUGUACAACAUAACAGUUGUAGCCAAGUUUGACACUUAUGCAGGAGCACAAAAGAAGCUCGACAGUGCUAUUGCUGGUGAAGUGGUGCUCAGCACAGAUCUUGACAACCGAGGCAGAGGUGGAAGGAAUAAAGCUAAGAAAAGGAAUGCUUACGCUGCAUCUGCUCUCCCUCCCACUUCAAGUAAAAAAAGGGUCCGUGCUGCUACUAGUUGUUCAGAUGGAGAAGAAGACAGUGAAAGUAGCUCGCAUAUGGGUUCUGUAGAACUAGCCCCAUCUUCUUCCAGUGAAAAUGACAUUCGAAGGAAUAAAGCUAAGGAAAGGAAUGCUUACGCUGCUUCUGCUCUGACUCCCACUUCAAAUAAAAAAAGGGUCCGUGCUAGUUGUUCAGAUGGAGAAGAAGACAGUGAACGUAGCUCGCAUAUGUGUUCCGUGGAACUAGCCCCAUCUUCUUCCAGUUAUAAUGACAUUCCUCAAGACAAGAGUCAAGUAACUGGUAAGAAACAAGUGCCACCAACAUCAUCAAAUGGUAAAGCUGUCACAGCAAAACAACCACAACUUCAGCGUCCAACUAUUCCAUCUGGGCUUGGAAAGAAACCAGCAAAUUCUGAAAUCAGUCUCAGCACAUCGAAAACAAAGUCGGCACCACCACCGAGAGGUUCUGUAGAUAACACAGAAGGUGGAGCAAAAACUGUUGGCACAGAAGUGGUCCCUCUGAUUUAUGCCAAAAAGUCUACAUUGCCAGACUAUGGUUCGUUGGCAAUGGACGGCAUAGGAAACGAUGGAAUUUCUAGUGCAAAUAAGUCGUCUACUUCAAUGGAGUUUGGCAUUUACAGACAGCGUUCAACUACGGUUAGAACAACAGAAGCUUCCCAAAUUUCAACUUUUGUUUCUGGUAAAAAUUAA